AUGUCGCGAGAAGAGAAAUUAUGCGAACUAUCAUUUCAAGAUACAACCCAGCGCGAUUCGUCGGGUCACUUUAUGGUGAGAUUACCAUUUAAUGAUAGAAGGGGCGAGCUAGGCGAUUCAUAUGAAAGUGCGCUAAAACGAUUCUACGCGAUGGAACGUAAACUUCAAUUGAAUACCGAAUUACGCGAAAAAUAUGUAGACUUCCUGGAGGAAUAUCAAAGGUUAGGUCAUAUGACAGAAGUAACAAAUGUAGCAGCUAAAAAUUCUGGAUGCUACUUGCCGCAUCAUGCAGUAGUCAAAGAUAGUAGCCUUACAAUGAAGGUACGGGUAGUUUUUGAUGCAUCCGCUAAGACCAAUACGGGAAUAUCUCUGAACGAUACGCUUAUGGUAGGCCCGACAAUCCAGGAAGAUAUUUUUGCUUUAAUUACGCGCUUUCGAUCGCACGUGUAUGUACUAACCGCUGACGUCGAAAAGAUGUUUAGGCAAAUAAGACUGCAUCCAGAUGAUGCAAUAUAUCAUCAAAUAUUGUGGCGGAAAAAUCCUACUGAAGCAAUCAAGACAUACCAAUUAAAUACUGUCACCUAUGGGACUGCAUGUGCUCCAUUUCUCGCAGUUCGUUGCCUAAAUCAACUAACAAGUGAUAGUGAAAAAUCAUUCCCCUUAGCAACAAACGCAAUAAAACGCGAUUUUUAUAUGGACGAUCUUCUAACCGGCACACAAACGCUAAACGAGGCUAUAGCUCUACGUGAUCAACUAGUCGAAGCCUUAAAGACGGGAGGGUUCAAUUUGCGACAAUGGGCAUCGAAUGAACCUUCAUUAAUUGCAAAUUUCAAAGAGCUCGCUUCGGAAGAAUUUUUAUUUUUAGAUAUGGAAACGGUAAAAAAGACUCUCGGCAUUUAUUGGCGUCCACGCGAUGAUUCGAUUAGCUAUAAAGUAACUAUUACUGAUCAGGGAUCGCAAAUAACGAAACGAACUAUUUUUUCAAAUAUAGCUAAAUUGUUUGAUCCUUUAGGCUUGCUUGGACCUGUGGUGGUAAAAGCAAAGCUAAUAAUGCAAGAAUUGUGGAAACGCGGUGUAGGAUGGGAUAACACUGCUCCGUCGGAUAUAUUAUCGUUAUGGAAUAUAUAUAUGUCACAAUUGCCUGUACUUAACAAUUUUGUGGUGCCACGCCAAAUUAUCGGAAAUAACACACUGGAAUGCCGGUUACACGGUUUUUGCGAUGCAAGUGAAACUGCGUACGGAGCAUGUAUUUAUUUAAGGUGUACAGAUGCCAAGAAGGGCACUACGACAAAUCUAAUAGCAGCAAAGUCUCGCGUAGCUCCGUUAAAAACGAUCACAAUUCCAAAAUUGGAAUUAUGUGCUGCUGAAUUGCUCAUGUUAGGAUGGUUAAAUUCACCACCGCACACUCUAGAAACCUUUAUAGCGAACCGCGUUGCAAAAGUACAAGAGCGUACUAAUGCGAAGGAUUGGAAACAUGUAGCAUCAUCGGACAAUCCCGCAGAUUGUAUAUCUCGCGGACAAUUACCAUUAGAAUUUCUCGAAAAUCAUCUCUGGUUAAAUGGUCCAGUAUGGUUAUCCGAAUUGCCAUCAAAGUGGCCCAUAAUACCAAUCCCUGUCAAAGAUAUACAAGAGCUUCGAGUUACGCUACUAGAGUCAAAUACGGGGCCAUUAUCGGUUUUCGAGCUUCGAAGAGCUCAGGAUAGUAUCAUUACGAAUAUCCAAAGAACUCAUUUCACGCGAGAAUUUCAGGAGUUAAAUACCAAGGGCAUGGUUUCUAAAACCAGUAAAUUGUAUGCACUGUCUCCUUUUAUCGAACACGGUAUCAUUCGCGUCGGUGGUCGCCUACAAAAUUCAAACAUUAGAUAUUCGCAAAAACAUCCGAUUCUUCUGCCUAAGUCUAAUCACGUGUCAUAUCUCAUUAUUCGUAACGAGCACCACCGCUGUAUGCACGCAGGUAUAUUGGGAACGUUAAACGCUGUGAGGCAAAGAGUUAAUCCGCAAAGUACACCAGAGUAUUCAAUGGGUAAAUUACCGAAAGAUCGUGUAAAUUCAGCAAGACCGUUUCAAAUCGUCGGGAUCGAUUUUUGCGGUCCAUUUUAUAUUAAAGAGAAAAAAUUCCGCAAUACAAAGAAAUUAAAGGUUUGGAUUGCCGUUUUCAUAUGUUUCGUAACAAAGGCAAUGCACCUCGAAGUUGUUAGCGAUUUGUCAACCGAUGCGUUCAUUGCUAGCUUGAGAAGAUUUUUUAGUAGACGCGGUUAUGCUCACACCAUUUACUCUGAUAAUGGUACAAAUUUUGUAGGGGCUAGAAAUAAAUUAACCGAAAUGGAAGAAUUAUUAAGGUCCGAAGAACAUCGACAUGUAGCUAUCAAAUAUUUAACCGACAAGGGCAUUACAUGGCAUUUCUCACCUCCAAGAUCUCCUCAUUAUGGAGGACUAUGGGAAGCUGCCGUUAAGUCAUUUAAGUAUCAUCUACUUCGUACAAUAGGAGAUAUUCUGUUUACCUACGAGGAGUUAAAUACGUAUGUUGUAGAGAUUGAAGCGAUUUUAAAUUCACGCCCUAUAACACCGAUUUCUUCCGAUCCCAAUGACUACAUAGCCCUUACCCCUGCCCAUUUCCUAAUAGGUGAGUCUUUGAUUGGCUUACCGGAGCAAGACGUGUCUGCCAUCGCGAAUAAUUGA